ACACAUUCAGCGGCGAAGGCGAAUCUAGGGACAUUUUUAUUCGGUUUUGUGCCUAGGUAACUAGAGAUCGGAUCUACAGGAUGGCUAGGGAGCCUAUAUCUGUGAGAAGUACACAACUAAAAGAGGUUUUAAACGAGAAUCGUCGUGCCGAUGAGCGAACAUGGCAACUCUCAAACGAAGCUUUGCUAGAUGGAUUUAUCAUCCUUUUUGAUGAAUGUAGUUCAGAACACUUGCAAAAAGAUAAACAUGUUGUUGAGUUUGUUAAGAAAUACAAGAACGAUGUUAUGAAGUUGAGAGACAGUAGGCCGUCAAUCUCGGAUUUUAAAGUGAUCAGCAUCAUUGGUAGAGGACAUUUUGGCCAGGUGCAAGUUGUCAAAGAACUUCAAACAAACAAUGUUUAUGCUUUAAAAACAUUGAAGAAAUCAGAAAUGCUUUCACAGGAAAAUGUUGCAUUUUUUGAAGAAGAGAAAGAGAUCAUGGCCUACAGUGGUUCACCCUGGAUUACAUCAUUACAAUAUGCAUUCCAAGACUCUCAAAACUUGUAUUUGAUUAUGGAGUUCCAUCCAGGGGGGGACCUGCUCACUUUGCUUGGCAAACAAGAAAACGAGACUCUUGAUGAGAAAAUAGCAAAGUUCUAUCUUGCUGAGAUGGUCAUUGCCUUGAACAGUCUUCAUGAGCUGGGAUAUGUUCAUAGAGAUGUAAAACCAGACAACAUUCUCAUUGACAAGAAUGGUCACAUCAAACUUGCUGACUUCGGCUCUGCAGCAAAGUUGUCAAAAACUGAUAGAAAGGUUUAUUCCAAGAUGGCAGUCGGCACUCCAGAAUACAUCUCACCAGAGGUGUUGACCAGUAUGGAGGGGUCUGGUGAUGGGUAUGGCGUGGAGUGUGAUUGGUGGUCACUGGGCGUGGUGGCUUACGAAAUGAUGUAUGGUAACACACCAUUCACUGGCAACUCUGUGGCAUUCACUUACAGUAAAAUUAUGAAUUUCAAAGAGUCCCUAUCAUUCCCGACCGGUUUCAAAGCAACAGCUGCCAUCAAAGGCCUGAUAAGAGGUCUUUUGACUGACCUUGAAAAUCGUUUUGGUUUUGAACACCUGCUGAAACAUUCCUUCUUCAAAGAUGUCAAAUGGUCCUCUUUAGCAACAGAACAACCACCUUACAUUCCAACAAUCGCGGGCGUCGACGAUACCUCGAAUUUCGACGAAUUCGAUCCAGAAGAAGACCAACCGACGUUUGGAAGUAAAACUCCGAUGAAAAAAGCUUUCAGUGGGAAAAAUUUACCCUUUAUCGGGUUCACCUUCACGAAAAGCGACAACCAGAACGUGAAAUGUGAAGCAACUGAUCACGUGGAAAAUGGCGUCAUCAAACAAGAAGAAAGAGACAAGAACGUGGAAUUGGAAGAUGACAAGGAUGGUUUGAUGAAAAUGGUAAAGGAACUUCAGACGUUAUUGAAACAGCGGAAAGAUGCGUUGGAAAAUGUCGAGAAUGAAAAAGAUUUGCUUCAAAAAGAGAAACUGUUGAAAGAAACGGAAGUAAAGGAUUUGGAGAAAAGACUUGAUGAAGAAAGAACUGAACGACUCAAUGCCGACAAAAACGCGGUGAAACUAAUGGCCGAAGUUGAAGAUAUGAGAACGAAGGCUCGGAAUUUACGAAAAGAGGAAACAAGGGCGGCAUUUGAUGAACAACAAGCCGUGUUGACACAACUCGAGGAAGAUCGUUUUGUCGCUAUGAAACGAACGCAGAGACUGGAAGAUGAUUUAUCUGCUCAAAAGAAAUUGGUAGACGAGAAAGAUGUAACCCUGACUGAAAUGCGAAAAACUGUCGUUGAGCUUGAGGAACAACUAGAAGAGUCAAAACAAAACGCCGACAGUCAAGUUGUGCAGGUUUUAGCUCGUAUUAGAGAAGUUCAGGAGAGUGACAAGGGAUGUUUUAGUCCAGUGAAGCAGAGAGUCAGGCAUCUUCAAUCCACUAGAAGGCAGACUAGUCCUCUAACUACCACUCCGACGACGAACAGACGUGUUGAGGAAAUAUCCAACCGUGUUUUGGAAGCCAUCUUGCAAUGUCAAGAGAAGGAGAGAAGCGAUGUAAAAAAAAUGCGAGAAAAGUUAAAACAGAAGAUUGACGAAUGCUGCGAACUGGAAAAGCAGCUUCUGAAUUCCAAAUCAUUGAAAAGAAAGCUUGAAAGCUCUGAAGACAAGCUAUCAAAGGCUGAAAAAGAAAAGACGUUGCUGGACCAGGCCGUGAAAAACAUGGAAAAAGAGGUUGAAGAAGCUUACGACGCUUUGGAAGGUUUAAAACGAAAAUCAGCCUCGCAAGAGAAGACUUGUCGCGAAAACGAAACUGAGCUUGCAAAACAAAAAGAAGAUCUUGAAAAUGCACUGAGCAAACUCACAUCAACUUCAAAUGAAAAUGAGGAGCUAAGGACAAAAAUCAGUAAAUUGAAUGAAAGUGUUGCGAAUAUGAGAAACACCCAAGAGACAAUGGACAAGGAAUUAGCUGAUAAACAAAAAGUCGUGGAGAAAAUAAAGUCGGAAAGCGAAAAUCGUUUGAAAUCAAAUCUUGAACUUAAAUGUAAAGAAUUAAACGAUGCUCACGUCAAAGAAAAGAAACUUCAAGAGGACAUCACAACCGUGAAGAAAGAGCUUACGGAAAUUAAAAGGAUUAGGAAAGAGCUGGAAGAAGAAGUGGUACAAAAAGAGAGUUUGAUUGAGAAUCUUCUCAAAAAUGAACUGGCUGUAAAAACUGCUGCAGAUGACGACGAAUCUUGUCAAGAUAUGGAUAAAAAAGACAAAGAAAAGAUUAGACUUAACGACGAAAUAAUUCAGCUGAAAGAGAAAUGUGAACAAUUGAUAAAGGACAAAGAAAGUUUGGAAAAGAAUAUCUUGAAACAAAGUGUCACCAUUGAAGAAGCGAACAACAAACUAAGCAAGGAAGAACAGUUGAAGCAAUCUCUUCGCAAAGACAGCGAAGAAAUCCAAGAUCUGAAAGCAGAAAUUGUUGUCAUGAAUAAUGAAAAUAUUAAUCUUAAAACCAAGACCAAGGAUUUACAAACAGAUUUGCGUAUCACGUCAGAAAAACUAUCUCAUCUUCGUAAGCAAAGCGAAGCUUUUGACGAGCAACUUACUACAAAGUCGAAGAAUAUUGAUGAACAUCAGCAGACAAUUGAAGCCCUAAAGACGACAUGCUCGAUGCUCGAAGGGCAAAUUGAAGAACUGGAAAUUUUAAAUGAUGAAUUGGACGAGAGAAAUGUGCAGUUGGAGAUCGAAAAGAAACAACUGCUGCUUUCAAACGAGAAAUACGAAAAAAGACUUGAGCAAGAACUCAGAGAAACUGGUAACCAGGAGAAUGAUGACCAACUUGGGAAAUGUCAGAAACUGAUCGAGGAAUACAAACAAACUAUUUCUGAACAGAAGACUCAAAUUGGAAGAUCUGAACUGAAUUUGAAAUCUUUGGAGCGUAAAAUGGAGAAAGAAUUGACAGUGAAGGAAUGUUUACUGGAAGAGGUUGAACAACAAAAGAAGACUUUAUCUUCGCUGGAGACGGACAAAACAAGCCUCGAACAAGAACUGCAAGAGUUGAGAGACCGACAGGAGGAGAUGUUGACAGAGAACAGCGCCAUGACGGAACACCUGGAGAUGCUCAAAUCACUGCAUGCUGAAGAAAAAGUGAAGCUUGUCUCGACGAGUGCCCAGCAAUCAAAAUUAAUCGAUUUCUUGCAGUCCAAAGCGGAGAGCAAGACGUCGAAAUGGAAGCGUCUUGGCGUAUCGAAUCUUAUCAAUUCACGAAAGCAACAUUCAGACGACAAUAAUUUUAUUCCUUGUCAAUGGAGCGAACUCCAGCAAGCCUUGGAGAAGGAAAGAGCGACUCGUACGCAAAUUCAGCAGGAGAUGAAUAAAGUAACAGAGGAGCUGCAAGAGACCCAAGAAAAAGUGUUGUACUGGAAGAGUCGUUGUCACUUGACGCCAAAUGCUACGGUCGCUCGCUCUAAUCAAUCGUCUGCCGUGAUCUCUGCUAUUCAACAGUCCCCCAGUCAACAGCCUAGUCCUGGAUCAACUCUGACCCCGAGUGUCUCACGUAAGAGGAAGAACUCUUCCUCGUGUUCAACUCACAGACCGAAGGAAAGAAUGCAUCACAACAUUCCGCACAGGUUCACCGUGGUACUAAAUAUGAGAGCGACUCGAUGCCUGGUUUGUCUCGAUAAUAUUUUGUUCGGGAGACAGGUUUCAAAAUGCACAGAAUGUGGUAUACUAUGUCACUGCAAGUGCUCCACGUCUCUUCCUCGUACGUGUGGUCUUCCCAGUCAGUACGUGGAACAUUUCAGCGAGGUAUUGCGUGGAUCGAGGACUGAAACCUCCCUACUCGUCUCACCCGGCGCUGAUGCUUGUGAUGGCAAGGAAGUUUGCAUGGUUGGCUGUCUGAAGGUUCCUAGAAAUGGUUCCGCAAAGAAUGGUUGGGAUUCUAAAUUGGUUUCAUUGAAAGAUGGGCAGUUGGUUAUUUCUGAAACAGGAGAGAAAAAUAGCGAUUCUGACCAGCAACAAUGCGAGAACGUCAACCUUUGCUGUGAGGAAAACGAAGUUAAAGUUCACUCAGCCGUCGCAGGCUCAGAUCUGCUUGGGGCAGCGGCGACAGACCUACCAUACGUGUUCUCAAUCGAGAUUCAUCCCCAGACCACAUGUUGGCCCGGGCGCACUCUGUUCUUACUAGCGCCAAGUUUCCCUGAGAAACAAAGGUGGAUACGAGCUCUGGAGAAUGCUGUGGACGAAAAGAAGUCGAAGAGUCUUCAAAAUAAUGAACAGAAAAUCAACGGUAAUUUAUUACUUGGUAUGAAAGGAGACGAAUGUUUGGACAUAAACACAACUGGUGUUCUCAAUGACAAGUUUGUUUUGUUGGGCUGUGAAGAAGGACUGUUCGUUUUGCCAGUCGCUAAGCCAGGUCAGGAAAACAGACCUCGCCAAAUACCUGGAGUGAAGAAUGUUUACCAAAUUAAGAUCGAGAAACAUCUUGGAGUGGCCCUCCUUAUAUCAGGAAUCGAUCGGGAGUUAUUGAGUGUUGAUCUCAAACAACUCGAGGCUUGCACGAAGCAAUCACGUGAAGUGCCAUUGGCCUCUCUUGAUUUCCAAACCGUUGGAAACAUCACGAAUUGCCAUCUGUUCGCCUCAAGGAAGGUUGAAGACGGGACGUUUCUUUGUGCCGCCCUGCCAAACAAGAUCUCAAUUUUAAGGUUCAAUUCAUCGAUGAACUGCUUCGUGACAAGAAACGAAAUUGACAGCAGCGAGCCGUGCAGUUGUAUCAUGUUUUCAAACACGAAAAUUAUCGUUGGUUCGAACAAGUUUUAUCAAAUUGAUUUGCGACAGUUCGCGAUCAAAGAUUACUUGGAUUGUAAAGACCCGAGCUUAGCGUUCGCUGUUUACCAUGCCAGUCAAGCAAACAGCUUUCCAGUCGAUGUUCUUCAAGUUUCAAAUUUGUCUGAACGAGAGGAGUUUCUGCUUUGCUUCAAUGGUUUUGGCGUGUUUGUCGACGCUAACGGCAAGCGAACAAGGAAAGAUGAUUUGAAAUGGUCUGGUCUACCACUCUCAUUUGCUUACCAAGAGCCAUACCUUUAUGUGACGCAUUUCAACUCGAUCGAGAUUUGUCAAAUACCAGAUCUUGACAAAGAAACGAUAUCGCGGAAGUUUGCCGAGAUCACGAGACCGCGUAUCCUUGGCCCGGCCAUUUCCCCUGGCGCCAUUUAUCUUGUCAGCACGGUCAUGUCGGAUGAGAUCAGCCUUCUUUGUUACCAAGGAAACCUCACGCCAGUCCUUAGCAACGCGGUCACCAACUCUUCCGAAAGCGACGGCGAUCAGAAAAGACUGGGGCGAAAGCGACUGCGCACAGCCACGGGAAGUGAAAACGAACCUCCACCUUCUUUCAGUGCUUUUUCAAAAGAUCCCAAACGAUUUCUUCGCAACUCGCUUCGUCGUUGACCGGUUUCAUAUGCAGUUGUCAUUGCGUUUGUGUGUAUACCAGAGAUUUAGAGAAUUCUAAUAUAUAGAACAUGGUAGUAAUGGCUACAUCGCGGGCACUGUACGCAUGGCCGAAAAUAGACUUGCUGCCAUCUUAUUCCCGGGCAGAAGUACAGAGUACGCUUCUACUUGUACGAGUACCUCUACGAGUACCUGCUGUCGCAAAAAUUACUGUUAAAUACAGACAAGUAUACGAUAGAAUCGUAGGGACGAUUUAGAAUUUGAAACUAA